GAAGCAGCUCUUCACAGAGAUGACGUGGAGUUUAUCAGUGACCUGAUCGCCUGCUUGCUCCAGGGCUGCUAUCAACGGAGAGAUAUCACGCCCCAGACAUUCCACAGCUACCUAGAGGACAUCAUCAACUACCGCUGGGAGCUUGAAGAAGGGAAACCCAACCCUCUCAGAGAAGCUAGCUUUCAAGAACUGCCGCUUCGCACCCGUGUGGAGAUCCUUCAUCGCCUCUGUGAUUAUCGGCUAGAUGCAGACGAUGUCUUCGAUCUGCUCAAGGGUCUGGAUGCAGACAGUCUCCGUGUGGAACCACUGGGUGAAGACAAUUCCGGGGCACUCUACUGGUAUUUCUAUGGGACUCGGAUGUACAAGGAGGACCCUGUACAAGGAAAAUCCAAUGGAGAACUCUCCUUGUGCAGUGAAAAGCAAGAAGAAAACUCCUUGACAUCUGAGACACAGACAAGAAAUGGGUCCCAAGGGCCAGGCCAAGGCACAUGGUGGCUCUUGUGCCAAACGGAAGAAGAAUGGAGACAUGUCACUGAGAGUUUUCGAGAGAGGACCUCCCUAAGGGAACGGCAGCUCUACAAGCUCCUCAGUGAGGACUUCCUGCCCGAGAUCUGCAACAUGAUUGCCCAGAAGGAAACUCCUGUGCUUACCAGAAUAGAGAAACAGAAGCGCAAGGAGGAGGAAGAGGAGCGUCAACUUCUUCUAGCAGUGCAGAAGAAGGAGCAGGAGCAGAUGCUAAAGGAAGAGAGGAAGCGGGAGAUGGAGGAAAAGGUCAAGGCAGUGGAAGGUAUGGGUGCCCUCUGGGCUGUCCAAGUGGAAAGCCAUCCUGCAACCCAGGGGAUCACCCUGGGGCCUCCUCCGUCAGUUUUACGUCCUGUUCUCAGCCAUCGUGUUUCUGGUACUAGCCUUCCUGAGUGGAUGUGUGAAGUUAGCUCCCCUCUUCGCCUUUCAGUUCUAGAUGUGGUAAAGGCUCACAAGGAUUCCUGGCCUUUUUUGGAACCCGUGGACGAAUCGUACGCCCCUAACUAUUACCAGAUUAUUAAGGUCCCCAUGGACAUAUCAAGUAUGGAGAAGAAACUGAAUGGAGGUUUAUACUGUACCAAGGAGGAGUUUGUAAAUGACAUGAAGACUAUGUUCAGGAAUUGUCGGAAAUAUAAUGGGGAAAGUAGUGAGUACACCAAGAUGUCGGACAAUUUAGAGAGGUGUUUCCAUCGGGCCAUGAUGAAGCAUUUUCCUGGCGAAGAUGGGGACACGGAUGAGGAAUUUUGGAUCCGAGAGGAUGAGAAGCGGGAGAAGAGGCGAAGUCGCGCGGGUAGAAGUGCUGGCGGCAGCCAUGUGUGGACCCGCUCCAGAGAAUCGGACUGGCCUGGUGGGAAACAGCAGCCCGUGGAAAACGGAGGGAAGUCCCUGCCCCCGACCCGCCGCCGAGCUGCCUCCUCUGGGGAUGAUCAGAGCAGCAGCUCCACGCGGCCCCCUGGGGAGCUGAGGGCUUCCAAUGGCCAAGGCUUCUCUCGUUCCCUGCAGUAUGGCGGGAUGCCCACCCAGGCGCCGCUUUUAAACCAGAUGAGACCAGCAGUACCAGGAACAUUUGGCCCUCUGCAGGGAUCAGAUCCUGCCAACUUGUAUGCCUCCUCCAGAGUCCCAGAACCACAUCCUGGGGAGCAUGUGCAGCAGCGCCAGCCCUUGUCCAUGCAGCCCCCCGUUGGAAUGAACAACCACCGAACCCCUGCGCUAGGAACCCCUGACGAGAAGCAAGUGUGUGGGGGGCUGACGCACCUUUCUAACAUGGGGUCCCAUCCUGGAUCCUUGCAGCUCGGGCAGAUGAGCGGCCCCAGGCAGGAGGGAGCCUUGUAUUCCUCAGCUCAGUUCCAGCCUGGAUUUAUGCCUCCCAGGCAUGGAGGGACACCAUCCCGACCCCCAGACUUUCCGGAAAGCCCAGAAAUGCCCCCCAGCCACAUGUACCGACCAUACAAGUACCUGAACCGAGUUCACUCAGCUGUCUGGAAUGGGAACCAUGGUGCCGCCAACCCAGGACCCUUACAGCCCGAUGAGAAGCCCCCGCUGGGGCCGGGAGCGCCUCACCAGCCACGCACUCUCAGUCACAUGGUGGACCCCAGAGUCAUGAGGCCACCUCUCCCUCCAAACCAGUGGAACGAACAGUCAAGCUUCUUGCCUCAUGGAGGUCCUCCGUCGGGGUACAUGCGGUCACCCUGCAAACCUGGACAUCAGCUGCAGGCCCCGGCUGCUGCGCACGGGUCUCUGUACGGAACAGCGUCACCGGCUCUGCGGGGAGCCCCGGGAGGGGACUCCAUGAUGGACAGCCCCGAGAUGAUCGCCAUGCAGCAGCUGUCCUCCCGGGUCUGCCCCCCGGGUGUGCCUUACCAGCCCCACCAGCUCACGCCGCCCCACUUGCCGGGCGCCUUCCCGCAGCUAGUUCCCUCCAUUUCUGGCAGUGUGUCAGCCUCCAAGCCUGCCUUGGGGACCCCUGGGAGGACACAGAACAGCAGUGAUGCAAAAGAGCCCGACAAGGACCGAGCAGAACCCUUGCCUGGGCCGGAGGAGAAACCAGCCAGUGUUGGUGCUUCAGAGGGGGUGUACCUCAAACAACUACCUCGCCCAACACCACCUCUACAGACCGACGGCACCAGGCAGAGCUCCCCCGAAGAGAAGGAAGCUGAGGCCCAGGAGCUCAAAAGCGACCCCUCAGAAUCGGGAGACAACUGCAAAGCCAGCCAGGCCAAGAACACCUGGCCCGCAGAGAGCCACUACCCCAGCCCAGCUGCCCAGGGAUGUCUGAGAGACCUGGCCUCCGGGGCAGAGAGGGGGCCUAUUGCAGAAAAUGGCCUGAUGGGCGAAGCUUCCCCUUGUGGAUCAGAAGGCAAGGGCAUGAGUGGUGGUGUGGAAAAGCCCCUCUGCUCCAGGGGCAAAGUGUUGCCAGAAGCCAUGGCGUGUGCCGGACAGAACCCAGCCGCCACGCCUCCCAACUCCGAUCCCAAUCUGAUGGGAAGCCCUGUGGGCCAGUUCUCUCCCUUGUACAUGCCAGGCCUGGAGUAUCCGAAUUCCGCCACCCAUUACCACCUCAGUCCGGGCCUGCAGGGUCUGGGCUCAGUGUUGGGCGGCAAGUCCCCAGUGUCGCACCCUCAGCCUUUCCCCCCCAGGGGCUUCCAAGCUAAUAACCCUCAUUCUGGCCUCUUUCCCCGGUACCGCCCCCACCAGGGGAUGCGGUAUUCUUACCAGCCCACACCCCAGCCUUCCUAUUACCACCCUCAGCGAACUCCUUAUUACCAGUGCCCACAGGGCUUUUCCGACUGGCAGAGACCACUCCAUCCCCAGGGGAGCCCAAGCGGGCCCCCCUUGACACAGCCUCCCCCGCCCAGACUCGUCUUCCCAGAUAAGAAUGCCAUGGCUGGCCUGCAGGGCUGUGAGACUCUCAAUGCUGCCUUAACCUCCCCCACCCGGCUGGAUCCCAUGGCUGCUAAGGUGGUCCCCGCUGACGGGCAGAACCCCGCCCCAGAGGAAGAGAAGCUAGACGGGUCUCUGGAGAGGCCAGAGAGUCCCAAAGAGUUUUUAGACCUGGACAACCAUAAUGCAGCUACCAAGCGACAGAGCUCCCUCUCGGCCAGCGAGUACAUGUAUGGCAGCCCGCCUCCAGCUCUGAGCUCAGGGAUGGGCUUUGGUUCGGCUACUUUCCCACCCCAUGGCGUCAUGCUACAGACGGGGCCUCCUUACACGCCUCAGCGGCCAGCUGGUCCCUUCCAGCCCAGGGCUUAUUCUUCCCCUGUGGCUGCCCACCCGCCUCACCAUCCAGUGGCCACCCAGCCGAACGGCCUCCCUCAGGAGGGCCCCGUCUACCGCUGCCAGGAAGAAGGCAUGGGCCACUUCCAAGCUGUGAUGAUGGAUCCGAUUGGCACCAGAAGUGGGGGACGGGGAACUUUCCAGGAAAUGUACAGACCAUCGGGAAUGCAAGUGCAUCCUGUCCACUCACAGUCCUCGUUCCCAAAGACACCAGCAACAGCGCAGGAAGAGUUGCCUCCACACAAGCCCCAAACCCUUCCUCUGGAUCAGAGCUAGUCCAAGGAGGAAAUGCCCCCCAAGGAGGAGAUGGAAAGCUGCACAUGAAGACUGGAACGUGGAGCAUUUGGGGAAACGAUCCUCCCCGUCUCUAUUCUUCCCCCUUCGCCCCGCCAUCCAGUCCCAGAGCUGGAGCCUCUCCCGGGCCCUGGAAGCACACUCCUUAGACGAUGACCACGAGGCCUGCCGUCGUCCAGGCUCAGGCCCUCCUGCCUAGCUUAUGCAGACAGUCAGAAGAGCAAGCGGACCUGGAACAAGUGGUGACUUUCCAAGUCCUGAGGCUUCUCCUUCAGGGAAACUAACUUUACACUUAGGGAAGGGGGGGGGCAUCCUUAAGAAUGGAUUGAUGUUUUUUGUUUAACUUUCAUGAGCAGCUAAACUCAGGUAUAUAUUUUGGGAAGGGAGAGAGAAUUUACUACUUGUAGUAUUAAUGUGUUUGGAGCUGGGUCCAGUUUACAGAAUUUUCCUGUUGCCUUUGAAAAUAAUUGUGGUUGUUGGUGGUGAAUGUAUUGUACAAAAAGUGGGCGGGGGGUGGUGGAAGAAGCGGGCGUCCCAACUGUGGUGGGCACGCAGCACUGGAGUGAUCUUUAACUGUUUACAAUCAUGUCACACUGAAUAAUCUGGGAGCUGGAGCCGAGGGUUUUGUCCUGUGAUGGGUUACUGUCUUUCCAUAGUGGCUGUCUGUCUUUAAAGAGCUCAGAGGCCUUCUACCCAGCCCUAGGGAGUACAGUUACCCCAGCCCCGAAACCCUUCGCUUAUCCAUUUGGAAGUAGAGUGCUCUUGGGAGGCUCUCCGAAGCUUCGAACCCCAUGGCAGGCUGCUCUCUCACCCUGGGGGCCCUCGUUCUGGAUUUGCCCCUUCAGAUCCCGGGAGCCCUGAUUUCGCCACCAGCCCUCACCAUUCUCAGCCGGCGUCAGGCAUUGGGGCUGCGAGAAUGUGCUCACUUUGGAGAAGAUAGGCGAGUUGCCCUCUUCUGGCAGGCCUGCCAGAACCGUGGCCUGAAACGGCGCACACACACACGGUGCUUUCUGGCACGAUUCGCAUUUUGUGGACGUGACUACUCAGGUUUGUAUAUGUUAGUACCAAUAAAGAUAUUGCACAGUUUUUUAAUAGUGGAAAGUAUAUUCGGUAGGUUUACAGUUUUGGAUUUAGGACUACAUCAGUAUAUUUAGUUUUUACUCUUUUUAAGUGGAUCCUAGUGAAAACAAGAAGCAGUCAUGGUGAUUUAAGGUAGCUGUCCAGAACACAUCCUUGGAAAGUACGUGUCGUCUCUGCGAUAGGAAAAAUCCUUCUUCAGUAUUAAAUUGCUUUGUUAACAGUCUCAGGCGUAAAUGGCACUGCACCCCCACUGCCUAGCAUUUCUGUAUCUGAUUUUUGUUGAGAUGCCACCGAAGUAAGUGCCACCCUGUACAAUGAAAACUGAGGAUAUGUGUCCUGAGACCACGGCUCAUGCAUUGAGAAUGGUGCCUCUCUAAGCCAGCUCUCUGGAGAGUCAGGGAGCUUCCCUGAAAUACUCAUCCAUCAUAGUUCCUUCCACGUUUGAGCUCGAGGAGAAGGGCUCAGGAAAGCCCUUCCUUCCCCUGCCAGGGUCCUUGGUGAAUUAAAGAACUGUCGUGUUGAACGUCUCCAACUGGGUGCUGAACGGGCAGGAAAGUCGCAGGUGCAGGGUGUCCCUGUUGCACUAGGUGGAAGCAGGGCACCGCCCGCCCUUGUGCAAUGGGAAACCGAUCGAGGAGUGAGUAUCCUGUGGCCUGGUGAUAGGGGUCAGGACUCGGGUGGUGUUGGGCACGGGAGGACAGAGGCCCCCUGAGUUGCGGUGAGUGAACAUGCUGAUUUUGUUGUUGUCUGAAAAGGACUUGGGUCUUGAAUGUUUUCAGUGGAAUGAGUUUCAAGGCCAUGUCAUCCUGUUUUACCCUUCUGUCUGCAAAGUCUCCCCACUGCCGUGAUCUGGUGUCAGGGGGGCCAGAGAGAAGCUGGCGAACCAUUUGGGAAGAAACCAGUGACUGCCUUCAUGCAUACUCACCCUUCUUUCAGUGUAGAGAGGUGAGACAGCAUGAAGGAAGAGCGAUAGGAAAUCCACUGACUAUUAAAUUACCACACUGUGAACAAAAGCAACAGCAAAGCCCUCGUGGUCGGCCGCCUCCCAUUUCCCAUGGGUGGGAGUUUUGUGGUGCGUGACAGGUAGACUCCCUCCCUCUGUGCCUGGUGUGUCCUGGGCUGCCACUGGUCUCUAAGGUGGCAGGAGCUGUGAGCCUGCAGGCAUACACGAGAGCUCUCUUCUCACCCGUUUCUUCGCUCCUCUAGCACUUCUCUUUCCAAGUGUCCUAAGCAGAUGCUAGCGUGUUCACCCUCGUCCCCACUCGGGAAAUGGUGACUGUGAUAUGUUAUAAUUAGAAGUAGUUGUGUAAGGGUGUUCUUACAAGGUUCGCUUUCAGGCUGUAGGUCACUGUCGCUUGUCAGUGUGCUGGCUCUCAGUGGUCCCCAGAAGGGGGCGGUUGAGAUCUCUGGAUCAUUGCAAAUCCGAUCUCACCUAUUUGAUUUUAGUCGAGUUGCUGGUGAGUUCCAAACUCCUUUCUCGCAGCCCCCCACCCCCUUCUCCAAGACCCGGGAGAGAGAGGAAAGCUCAAACGGAAGGGAAAAGUAAGAGCUCUAGGACGGUUUCUGUUUCAGAAGCUAGAGGCUCUGCUGCUGAAAUGUGUUCUGACAGACGCGUGGGGAGAGUAAGGGAGAAGAGGCAAGCUCCCGGCUCGUGUCUCUUGUGCCAGCCUCAUCUUUAUUGGGGUGCCUCAGUUCGUCUGGUGGUACUCCUGUCUGAACAGUGGGCUUUGUUCAGGAGCCCCUGACUGCUCUCUUGUGCUUGUCUCUGCUCAUCUGUGUAUUGAAAACCUUAAGAGCUCCCCUCUGUGCCCUCCAGCCCAGCCAACCGCAGUUUCAAGUGCAGGUUGCCCCCCACCCAGCCCUUCAGACCUUGGAAGUGACUGUCCCAAACCCAAAGCCCCAGGGUGGUCGGCACUGAAGAUGUCGGCAACAGGCACUCCAUCCACAUGACUUGGUGUAGCUCUUUUAUUUGGUGUUUUGUUAGCUUUCCGCGGCGUGUUUCGUUUUUUGUUUUGUUCCCAUGGCAGGCUAAACCUAUAAAUAAUACACUACUCCUGAGACCUACUUGGACAUUUCACAAGAAGUCUAAGUCCUGUGGCCUCAAGACAAGGAUGGGUGGGAAUUGUCGGGAACCUUACAUGGCUUUCAGAGAUCCUCUGCUUACAUGGAAGUGAAGGGCUUUGACAUCACUAGUAUUACUGCCCCCUGGGUGUCUGUCUGUUAGGUCACCUCCCGAGCAGCUUCCUCACGGACCCCUGUACCAGAUGAUGGCUCUGUAUAUCAAUGGGCAUGUACUGUGCAGCUGUGUAGGCAGUGUGGCAGCAGCUCUUUCCCUAGACAAGAGCUUCAGCAAAGAUACUUGGGCACCCGGCUUACAUGUGCAAGAGCUUUUUAUUCUUGGGCCCAUGUCACCAUCCAGUGACAGAAUGUGGUGAGUCUUGCGUUUCCAUUUUCUUGCUCAUUGGGUUGGGCUGUCUGAACCAUGCGGGCUCGGCACGCUGGAUGAUCGCUGCUAUAUCCCAUAUUCCAUAUGAAGCCACGGUACAAGCUUGUGGGUAUGCCACUCGGUGUGGUCUGUGUACCUUUGCUAAGCAGGCCUUUAGAGGGGAGGUAUCUCCUGGGCUUGGGUGGAACUUCAUACCCGAUCCCGUUCUCUCCCUCUGCGCUGGGGCACAGGCGUAACUCCAUCUGUGGGAAUCACGGCUCACCCCUGAUGGUCCUGCGCAUGGUUUUGCAGACGCGAGAGGAGAGGUGGGGAUGUGGUGUGACCUUUGAGUACAUUCUUGACAUUGCUGAGCCCUUAUCCCGCGUGCUAUGUGGGAGCCCUUCUCCUCUCUUGGAUACCUCACCACUCCCUUCCACACAGCUCGGUGGGGGAGCGCAGGCCAGGCCCCAACCAGCCUGGGCACAGUGUCAGGGAUUCUUCACUCCUGCUGCAGCUGCCGUGUGAACGUUCCUGGCCAGUACUGGAAAGGGGAUGCUAUUUAUUUUUAUAUUGUGUAUAUUUUGUCGUGGUCUGCUGAUCGAUCCCCUGUUUUUCACUGAGAGCGACAUUUACCUCAAUAGUUAGUUCAAUAUAAUUGUGUGUUUGAAUAUUUUUUUUUAAGAACUUUUAAAAAAGCUUUUUGAUCCUUGGAGGGCUGUAGAUUUAUUUCCAUAUGAACUGGUUAUUUUGUAUAAAGUACAUUCUUUAAAAUA